UAGUGCCAAAUCUAUUUCAUUUUCAAGUGAGCAGCAAGUCUUUGCAAAUUUACUAAUUUAUUUAAACUUUAUUUCGUCGUGUGGUCUAGUAUGAAAACAUCAAAUACCUUAAUGCUCUUGGGAGUCCUGUGCACCUUAAUUUUAGAGUGCAAACUGUCUUCAACGGCAGAACCAGAUUCAAGUACAACUUCGAUAGUUUCAAGUGGGAGUCAUACUACAACGGCAAGCUCACAUACGGAGGCAGAUGCAAAAGCAGAUAAUAAUAAGAAAACUUCUCCGAAUAUUAAUUCAACCGAAAAGCCACCGUCUGCAGAAGCAUACCCUUCAACUACUUCGAGUAAUAAAGUGGGUAACCCGGAAAAAAAUCCAACAACGCCAUUAAGCUAUGAACAGUGGAAGGAGGAGAAUGAGAAAAGACUCAAUGAAAAAUAUGAUGACAAACGAAGAGAGGAUCGAGAUAGAGACAACAACGAUUUACUACGGAAUAUCCAGAGCGCUCUCGCUAGACCUGAUUUAACUGCGGCCAAAAAGGCAGAACUCGAUUUCGUCAGCAAUUUGUUGAAGAAAGCUGCUCUAGCCAAUGAUCCAAUUGUUAAGAAAGCUGCCCACGACGAGGCACUCGGUGUACUGACUAGCGUUUUGUCUCCGUGAAUAUGUUGUAGCUGUACGCGAGCAGAAGCCAGUUUGUGCCGUUGUUUAUAUACAGAUCUGCACUUUAUUGUCAAUUGGAUCGAACACUUGUGUAUUAGAUCUAAGCCGAAAUUUCUUAAAUAAUAUAGUCAUUUAUAACGGGCAAUCGAAGAUAUGGGGUCAUGGGGCCACAACA